AUGAUCAGAUGGAUGCUCUCACUUCAGCUUUUAACGUUAAUCAAUACCAUCGAUGCAACUCUGUUUGGUCAGCGUUUCUAUGAAAGUACGCUAAACUCUCGCUUGAGCCUCGCCAAUAAUCAUAUCAAGAACUUACUUGUGCCCUUCAACGUGACGAGAACUCCAGGAAGCACCGAAUCUCUCAAAGUACAGAAUUUUAUCGAGGAUCAUUUCGAGAAUCUGGAGAAUGAUUGGCUCUUUGAGCCUAAUCAAUUCUUCAGCAAUGGAUUUAACUUUACAAACAUGGUCUUUACUUUGGGACAUAACGCCAGUAGCUACUUAGUGUUGGCAGCUCAUUAUGAUUCUAAAUUAGUGCCGCCAGGCUUUAUUGGCGCAAUCGAUAGCGCAGCAUCAUGUUCUAUUUUAUUGUACAUUGCUGAAUUUAUAGACAACUUCUACACCGAAUUCCAAUCAGUUGAGCAGACAUCGUUUCUCACUGAAUCUACUGGGCUGAAGAUAGUAUUCUUCGACGGAGAAGAAGCGAUCAACGAAUGGUCUGUAGACGACUCAAUCUACGGAGCCAAGAAUCUGGCAGCAUUGUGGGAAGAAGAUGGUACCCUGCCAAAGCUUGAAUCUCUAAUUUUGCUUGAUCUGCUUGGUAGCGUAGAGGAUGUCAAAGUUCCAAGUUACUUUGCUCGUUCGAGCACAGAGUAUCAGAUGCUUCUCGCAAUUGAAGCGGAAAAUCAGAACAUUUUGCCUUACAAACAUACACUAUUCGACAAUUUGGACAAGCGCUUUCAAGACUAUGAUGGUAUACUCAUUGAGGACGACCACCUGCCAUUCUUAGCUUACGGGAUACCUGUCUUGCAUCUGAUUCCUGUCCCAUUUCCAAGCUGCUGGCACACAUUGAACGACACUUUCGAUAACCUAGACGAACCAAAGAUCCAGAACUGGGCGCUGCUUCUAUGUGAGUUUUUAUCUCUUCGUAUGAGGAUGUCACUUAGAGACCCUUUUUGA